AUGGAACCAUUUGAAUAUGCGGCACCUGGAGUGACUUUAGGUUUAUUGGGUAGAAAUGAAGCACGAUUAAAUCAAGUAGCAGAACAUUGCAAAGAAAAAGGAGCAAAUUGUGUUUUAUUGAAAGUGGAUAUUUCAAACAUUGAAGAAUUGAAAAAAAGUUUAGAAAACUUUGAUGAUUCCCAUCCAAUUGAAUUGCUGUUUUCAAAUGCAGCUCAAGCAGGUUCUACUAGAGAUAAUAUUGAUACUGUUCCAUGGGAAGAUGGAUGGCAACGAUUGAUUGAUGUCAACUACACCGGCAAUAUUGCUACUAUAAUGACAGUUUAUAAAAGAAUGAAAGGAAGAAGAUUUGGGCAAAUUGCAGUAACAUCAUCUAUAGCUGGUUUUUUCAGCAUACCAGGUCUCUGUUAUUACAAUGCAACAAAAUCAGCAUUAAUAUCAUUUGCACGAGAUCUUCGUUACAUAGCAUCUUUUGAUAAUGUAAAAGUGUCUGUGAUAGCACCUGGAAUAAUAAAAACGAACAUGACUCGAAAUUCUGAUCUAUCUUCUAAUAAAUUUUAUGGGCCUGGUGAUCCUAACGGUUUGGCCAAAAUCGUUAGAAAUCAGUUGAAUUCUGACACUUUUUGUAUUGGCUGGCCUUUCCGUCAAUAUUUAUUGAGUUGGCUUAUUUCAAGUAUUCCUGUUAGAACGAAUUUGACUCUUUCUCGGAUUUUUGGAGAAUCGUCUCGAAAAAAGACUAAACUCGUUGCAUCAUCGUAA